AUGUCACGCCAACUCAUCUCCAGCGAGAAAUUUCCUCUCAAGCCUCACAACUGCCCAGCAACCAAAGUUCCCGGCCUCGUCUUCCUUGCCGGUCAAACCGCCACAGGCGAAAUCAAGCAGGCAACUCGCACCGUUCUCCAAAACAUAAAAGAAGUCCUCGAGCUCUCUGGGUCGUCCCUGGAACAGGUGGUGAAAUACAACGUUUACCUCGCCGAUAUGAAGGACUUUGCGGCCAUGAACGAGGUCUACAUUGAGUUUCUGCCCAAGCCGAUGCCGUCAAGAUCUUGUCUCCAGGCGCUGCCUCCGGGCGAGGGAACCGUUAUUGAGAUUGAGUGCAUUGCGCAGGUUUAG